AUGAGGAAUUACUCAGCUGUGACCGAAUUCUUUCUGGUGGGAAUUUCCCAAUACCCAGAGCUCCAGCUCUUUCUGUUUGCGCUCUGUCUCGCCAUGUAUGUGAUAAUCCUCCUGGGAAAUAGCCUCCUCAUAAUCAUCAGCAUCCUAGACUCUCGCCUUCACACCCCCAUGUACUUCUUCCUUGGGAACCUUUCAUUCCUGGACAUCUGCUACACAUCAUCGUCCAUUCCCCCAAUGCUCAUCAUAUUUAGGUCAGAGAGAAAAUCCAUCUCCUUCAUUGGCUGUGCUCUGCAGAUGGUUUUCUCUCUUGGUUUGGGCUCCACCGAGUGUGUGCUCCUGGCUGUGAUGGCCUAUGACCGGUAUGUGGCUAUCUGCAACCCUCUGAGGUACUCCAUCAUCAUGAACAGGGUGCUUUAUGUGCACAUGGCUGCAUGGUCUUGGAUCAUAGGCUGUCUAAACUCCUUAGUGCAAACCAUCCUGGCAAUGGUAUUGCCUUUCUGUGGGAAUAACAUCAUUGACCAUCUUACCUGUGAGAUUCUGGCUCUUCUUAAACUCAUAUGUACAGAUAUCUCCACAAACAUACUUAUCAUGACAGUGGCAAGUAUUGUUUUACUGAUGAUUCCUCUAUUGUUAAUUUUCAUCUCCUACGUUUUCAUCCUCUCUUCCAUUCUAAGAAUUAAUUCUGCUGAAGGGAGAAGAAAAGCUUUUUCUACCUGUUCAGCCCACCUGACUGUAGUCAUCUUAUUCUACGGUUCUGCCCUUUUUAUGUACAUGAAGCCCAAGUCAAAGGAUACAAAAACAUCCGAUGAAAUCAUUGGGCUGUCUUAUGGAGUGGUAACCCCGAUGUUGAACCCCAUCAUCUAUAGCCUGAGGAAUAAAGAAGUUAAAGAGGCCAUGAAGAAAGUCCUGAGCAGAUACCUGCAUUUAUUGAAACCAUGA